AUGCCUAUUCUUAGAUUGAUAUGCCAUUUUGAACCUUUUGACCUGCUAAAAUCCAUACUAUUAGGCCAUCCUUCUUGUUUGUCAGUUUAUGACAUCAUUUUGACAAUGGAGGUAUACCUUGGAGUUAAGCGGAGUGUGGAUUGUGCAAUUGCCAUGGCAAUGGGUUGGAGACCAGCAAUUACGGUAAAACAAAUUCUAGUGGGCAUCCAGGAUUUAUUAGACCAGCCCAAUCCUGCUGAUCCUGCACAAACUGAAGGUUAUCACCUCUUUAUCCAGGAUGUUGUGGAGUACAAGAGACGGGUCCGGCAGCAGGCCAAGUUAUACCCUCCCCUCGUCUAG